AUGGCGCCUUCAACCACGAGAAUUACCGUCAACAGCGAGGGCCGAAGAACGAAUUCUCUUGGAUUCGCAAAACAUGAUUGUCAUACAUGUUCGGCUCAGAGGAGACCAUGCGACCGCCAGCGUCCACGGUGUGGACCCUGCCUUUCUAAUCGCCAGAGGUGUGGUGGUUUUGCUACGAACCUGGUCUGGAAAGAUGUCGAAAUUCCCCCGUCUGCAUCGGAUCCAGUUUUGAGCACCGGGUUUGGUAUUUUCAGCUCAAAUUCAACGGUUCGCCAAAAUGAACCUACAAAGAGGAACAAUCGUGGCUUCAAAUUCGUCAAAGGCCGAAUGAAGAGAAAACGGAAACCAAAAGAGCCUCUUUCAGAAUCGAACUCACUCCCGAUUGCGAGCGAGUGUGAGGAACUUGACUUGAUCGGCCAAAACGAACUGCCAGAGAUACAUCCAUCGGCAUGGCUCGCGACCCCAACAACAGCAUCUAAUUUAUCUUUUUCGGUAGAAGCAGGCGAUGAAUUGAACCUUUCAGACUGCAUGGGUCAAUCCUUUGGAAGUGGUAUGACCGACGUCUCUCAUGGCCUAUCUGUUGCUAACCCCCAUUGGUUGUCAGGACCCGAUGUGUUCUAUGGUACAACAAGCGACAGUUCUUGGUCGGAUUCGCCACCUUCGCCGAAUGCCAUGUCUCCAUUACCUGCCAUGCUGUCCUCAAUCACAAAUGCUGUCGAUACAUUCCACCCCUCAAUGUUGGGAAACUCCGAAUCCUUCCUAGGAGGCCCCCUUGCAACAAGCUUUAGCCCACGCCCACUCGGUCAUUCCACGUCCUCGGUAAUAGACGAAGAUGACCAAGAUAUCACUGGCGAACGAUAUCAUCUUACAGUUGGAGUUCUCCACCAAGAUACUGCGCAUAAAUAUGGACCAAUACUCGAAAUGUACAAUGAAGAAUUCUCCAUGUUCCCUCUGACCAUGGACUGCCCGAUCAAUCCAUUCCGUGUCCGCAAAAUUCGUGCAGGAGAGUCCGACUUCCUUCUACACGCCAUAGUGGCAAUGGCUUCACAACAUCUUGCGAAACAAACCAAUCGAGCAGACCUGACCCUCCAAGUAUAUGAUCACCGUUCAACGGCUCUCCGUCUGUUUGCCCAAGCUCUUUGCCAGUCGGACCCAUUCACCCUUCUAGACGGACUUCUCUUGAUCAUAAGUCUUGACCUCACCCAAUCUGCCCUCGGCACAUGGGGCAUUCACCUGGAUGGGGCUCGAAGACUCCUCGAGGCUGCCAACGCGCUGAAGAUCAGCCAGAAAAGCGCUCGCAUACGGGCGCAAAUUGCAUUCCUGGUUUGGUGGGACGUCACCCUCGCCUUUAUAUCUCGAGAAGACUUGCGUCUUCCACUGUCAUACCUCGAUAUGUUGGUGGAACAUGGUGACAGUCCAGACUGGUCAUUCUUUGCACUGAAUGGGUGCCCGAUCGAACUCGUGGUCGCCAUGGCCAAACUUGCCAAACUGGCAUCGAUCUAUGAAAAGACUCAACAGAUGCAAUGGACAAUAUUUGACAGGACGCCCGUGGGCCAGGUCAUCACCGAGGUCAAAGAUUUUGUCAACAGGGAAGAUGCUACUCUGACAGAUGUCGGGCUCGCAGAAGAUGAUCUCGAUGCAAAGCGGGAUCGAUUUCAUUGUAUCGAAGCCUGGAGACAUGCCAUCCUUCUCUACACCUAUCGGGUAUUCGACCGACCCCAAGACUCGAAGGCCCUUCGAGUGAUCAAUCACUUGACCCGUGUCACUCUUGAUCAUGUUCGAUGCAUCUCUCGGAGAUCGUUCAUUCAGAAACAAGUCCUCCUUCCUGUAUUUUUGGCUGGGUCAGAGGUCAGCCACGAGCAAGAUCGUGCAUUCAUACGAGAAUACUGCAAACAUUGGAGUGCUGCCGCCAGAUUCUACAUGUUUGAGUCUACCAGAUUCCUUUUGGAAGACAUCUGGGAAGACUGGGAUUCAUCAACGAGAGAAUCGUAUUGGUGGGGGCUCAAAGUCGGUCUCAGCAAUGGUUACGGCGGAAGAGACGAAAGUAGUGAGAUGCCUCUGCAGGUCCUCUUAGGCUAG